GUUGGAUCCCAGAGGCCACAGAUGCGAGUAUCGGAUACUUGCGGGAGUCGGUGUCGCGGCCCAGGCAGGAUCGUUCACGGUACAGUUGUAACUGUUUUCAACAAAGAUUAGUGAAGAAAAUUGUUGUUUUUAACAAGAUACCUCCAAGUUAAACAUGAGAGGAAAUGACUGGGAUCCUUUCUGUUCUGACAAGAUAAGGAAUACAGCAUUCUCCAGCUAACGUGUAAUGAAUGGCACCUUUCUGAGGUCCGUCACUUGUCAUGCACCCCACCGGGAACAUGGAUGCUGGAUUUACCCGGUCCGCUCUUCAGACCUUGUCCCGAAGCCACUGCAGAAACAUCAAACAGAAGAUCUCCCAGUGGGAAGGAAGGGCUAACGGUGUGACUAAGGCAGCUAGGUCCCACCCGAAGGACUUUGGCGUGAGGUAUAAUAACUGCCACGCAGCGCUUCCUCCUCAUAAGCAUCCUUCUGGUGAUGGUGGGAGCGACUCUCAGAAUGGGGCUUUACCCCCCAGGGGUGCAGACGCCAAAAGCCAUGGUCACAGUGAGCAUGAAGGUGAACAGCAAGAGUGUAAAGACGCCCACCCCUCAGAACCUGGACCAGACUCCAACUGGGUGUGUGCUCGGGUCAAGCAGAUUGAGAGCCGCAACGACGUCACUGUGGACCCAGAGGCUUCGUUGCCUCCGGGAAACUUCUAUACCUCACAGAUACUGUGGAAAAGAAUCGAAGCGCUUCCCUCGGAGAAAGUCUUAAAUUUGGCUUUAGCACCUUGUGACUCUACAGGAAAAGAACCGAGUUUCAGAGUUCUGGAUAGUUCUUAUGGAAUAACCAAGAGCUUGGAAAAUAUUUAUUGUGAACCCGAGGGGCAAGAGUACGGACCCUCUAUAAAUCCUUUGCCCAAACCCCGUAGGACAUUCAGGUAUUUGUCUGAAUCUGGUGGUGUGCCACAUAAAGGAAGAAACUGUGACCAAAGGAACUGUGAGGGGAGUCCCUGCGCGGAGGCUGCUUUGGCCUCUUCUCAGGAUCCCGAGCCAAAGACAUACGGUGGGAAGAUCAGAGGGAGAUCCAAGAGGAAAUCCUUUGAAUUUGAAGACAUUCAGCACUUUCGGAACUCACGGAAGAUUCAUGAAGAACUUGGAAGAAACGCUGGCUCAGCACUUUAUUACACACAGUCUGAGGAUAACAUCUACGAGGAUAUCAUAUAUCCAGCCAAGGAAAAUCCCUACGAAGAUAUUCCAGUGCAGCCAUUCCCCAUUUGGAGAUCCCCGUCAGCAUGGAGGCUGCCGCCUGCUAAGAGUGCCUUCAGAACACCCAAGCUUCCUCCCAAGCCCCAGUUCUUUCAGCAGAAGACCAUGGACCUGAAGAACUCUCAAGCUUACUUGCGGUCCAAGCUCACAAAGGACACCACCUUGCCUGUCACCUUAACCGAAUGGAAGCUUUUCCGAGCUGGAGAAGUGGCUAACAGGAAGGCGAGGAAUCUCCCAAGGCUUGUUUUGAAAAUAAAUGAUACUUUUGAAUCUAAGAGAGGGAAGAAGAGGGUAAAGUUACAGCCUUACACUGGAAAAGAAGCACCCUCCUCCAAAGGUGAAGCGAGUGGGAACGAGAGCGAUGCCGAGAACCUGCCAAAGCAUCGCCACAAACGCUUGGCACAGCUGCAGCAGCCCUGCAAGAGGAACCCCCACUACCAGACCCUGGAGCGCGAUCUCAUCGAACUGCAGGAGCAGCAGCUGUUUGAGCUCUUCGUGGUGGUUUCUCUACAGAAGAAGGCGUCGGGGACAAACUACGUCCCCCAGGUCAUACAACAGUUCCCCAGCAAGGGUGAUCACAGCUACAAGCAAUCCAAAGACACUGAAGAGAGGCUCAAAGUCAUCCCCAAAUUUUGUUUUCCUGAUUCAAAGAACUGGGUGCCCACCUCAGAACUGAAGAGCGAAACAUUCUCCUUUGUGUUGACUGGCGAGGAUGGAAGUCGGUGGUUUGGUUACUGUAAGAAGCUCUUGCCAGAAGGCAAAGGAAAGCGUCUCCCUGAGGUGUACUGCAUGGUCAGUCGCUUAGGCUGCUUCAAUCUUUUCUCAAAGAUCCUGGAUGAAGUAGAGAAGAGAAGAGAAAUGUCUCCAGCCCUUGUUUACCCAUUCAUGCGAAGUGUCAUGGAAGCCCCGUUCCCAGCUCCCGGGCGCACCAUCACAGUUAAAAGCUACCUCCCUGGGGCUGGAGAUGGGUCUGUUGAGCUCUGCCGACCACUCGAUUCGCGGCUGGAACACGUGGAUUUUGAGUGUCUCUUCAAGUGCUUGAGUGUGUGUCAUCUCAUCCGGGUCUGUGCCUCUCUCCUUUUAGAGCGGAGGGUAAUCUUUGUUGCCAACAGCCUAAGCACCCUGUCAAAGUGUGGCCAUGCUGUGGUAGCUACACUGUACCCAUUCACCUGGCAGCACACCUACAUCCCCGUGUUACCAGCGUCCAUGAUUGACAUAGUGUGCUCCCCUACUCCAUUUCUUAUUGGAAUCUUGUCUUGUUCCUUACCCCACCUCCAGGACCUUCCCAUUGAAGAGGUGCUGAUCGUUGAUCUCUGUGCGGACAAGUUCCUGCAGGAGGUAUCCGAUGAGGAUGAAAUCCUGCCGCCUAAGCUGCAGGCUGCCCUGGCCCAGAUUCUGGAAGACCGAGACGAAGUCCUGGCCCAGGAGCAGCAGUUCUCACAAGAUGUGACCCUCAAUUCUCUGGUGUCUGAAGCAUUUGUGAGGUUUUUUGUGGAGCUCGUAGGACAUUAUUCUCUGAAUAUGACUGUCACAGAGCGCGGGGAGCGUGUUUUCCUGAGGGAGCCAUUCCGAAAGUCCCACACUUCCCGGAGUGUUCGCCACUUUCUAGAUCUCUUCAUGGAGACACAGAUGUUUGCGGGAUUUGUCCAGGACCGGGAGCUUCGGCAAAGCGGAGUUAAAGGUUUAUUUGAAGUCCGGGCUCUCCAGUAUUUGGAAACAAUUCCUGAGUCGGAACCCAGUGGGGUGAAUAGAAUUUUGCGGAGUCUUGGAAGCAAAAUGAGAUUUCUCCACAAGAAGUGAAUGUGUUUCCAUUCUCAACAUAAUGGAAAGUGCCAAAGACAGCAUGUCUCCAAGGGUCUGGACGCAUUGAAGAGUCCUGUAGAGUCCUUGAGAUUGUGAAAGGAGAAAGGCUGUCGGAGGAGGACUCUCUGUUGCUACAGACCAACCUGAGAGCCAGUGCACUCUCUUCUGCUUCUAAUUUGGGAACUUUUUGUUUGUUUGGUUGGUUGGUUGGUGGUUUUGUUUUCUGAGACAGGGUCUGUCUAUGUAGCCCUGGGUGUCCUGGACCUCACUCUAUAGACCAGACUGGCCUCAAACUCACAGAGAUCUGCCUGCCUCUGACUCCCAAGUGCUGGGAUUAAAGGCAAGUAUCACCAUGCCUAGCCAAAUUAUUUUUACUGUGGUGUUUCUCUUUAGUUAUUGGUGGCUACAAGAAGCUCAGUUUGUGCUUAGUCUACGAAAGCAGUCGUUCUUUACAAGAAAAAGACUUGGAAAUACUCGGUGUUGCAUUUUUUGAGAACAGCGCAGAGAUGAGACUAAGAGAAAAAUGCUGAGUUCCAGGCGCUAGAGAGACUCGGUAGAAAUGGAGAGCAUUGGGUACACCUUAUGCGGUUCUCGUCAGGAGAGCAUCGAGCUGCUUUAACCAGGGGCUGCUUGGGCUUUCGGAUUCCAGUGUUCCACUGUUGAUAACCCCCUGACCCUAUCUUGGAGAAUUUCACUCAUGUUAGUACCUUUAAAAAAGGCAGACAGCAUGCUGGUCUUCAUCAGACCAUGUGUCCUGCAGAGUAGGUCGCCUCUCACCUGUCAGCAUUCUUAGACUUUGUGGAAUGGAGCCAAUGUGAAGAUGUCCCUUCAAGGACGUAAGCUACCUGUUUGUUGGCUUUUGGUGUUCACAAUUUGCUGCGCUGUGCUACAUUUCCCUAUGUCAUUUUAUUCAAGUCUUCCAUCAGCUUCGUGAUAUUUUGCAAGAAACUGGAGUUCCGAAAGGUUAAGUGCUUUGGCCAGUUAUGCCCUUCAGACAGAGCUGAGCAAAAACACUUGACUUACGAACACAGAGAAAGCUAGUGAGUCCUACAGAUGGAAGCUGGGGCUCUUUAGUGUUAUAGCAAUGUUUAAAGCUCUCCGUGGAGUAUCCCAGAGCCGCCUCUAAGCUUUGUUGAGACUUCAAGCUCCGGGUGUCUUGAUGAGACACUGUUCUUUGUUUGUCUUUGGUGCUGGGAAUAGAACCCAGGGCUUGCUGUGUGCUCUGCCACACUUUUAUUUCUAUGUUGUUGUAAGUUUUUGUUCUAAUUAGACUCAGUAUUUCCUAAGCCUAUACCUCUUCAUCAUCCAGAUGCUGAACAUCUAAAGUGUGACUAGUGCCUGGGAAAAAGGAGUUUGUCAAUGAAGGUGUGGUUUUCAUUGACAGAUGAUAAUUGUUGUGGCAAAUGUCAGUUGUUGUCUUUAGGCUUUGGUAACAGUGUUCCCUAGAAUGGAGACGAUUCACUCAGACUUAAGUGUUGUACAUUGUGCUGGGAUACGGCUGGCUGACGGUCCAGUCCACGCGUGUCUGAAUGAAUGCAGGCAGGUUGGUGCCGUGCAAUAUGGUUCCUAAGUGUGGGUCCAGGGAAAGACCUGGGCCUGUGUCUUUAAAUGCUGGUGCCACUUUCCCCUGUGGUACUGUUCUCUUCUCACACUCCAGUCCUGAAGGAACCUUUGGUUGUUUAUCAGAUGGGAAUAGGAGUGUUUGCUGUGGUUGGUCAUGACUGUGCAUUGGGGAUAAGAAUCUUACCUUCUUACAAUCCAAAGCUGCUUCCUUUCCUUGAGUUUGUUGUGUUUUGUUUUUGUAAAAUGUUGUGAAUACUGGACAUGUUUGUAAAAAGAAUUGUUCAAGAUUUCUAUCAAAUGUUUACAGAUCUUUUAAUGAAUAAAGACAUUUUAAAAGUCCCACCGAUCUCCUGGAGAAUUUAAA